GCUCCGGAGCAGGGAGAACGAGGGACAGGCCUGAGCCCCAGCGUGCCCCACCUGCCAGCGGGGAGACAAGAAGGCCAGAGCAGGAGGCCUGACCCCCCCAGUGCGGUGCUGGGGACGCAGACCCGCCGCAUGGCGAAGAGCCCCGGCUGCCGCUGCCCCGGCUGUGCCAUCGGCCUGCUCGGCCUGUACAGCUGCCGCUGGGCCAGGGACCAGAGGAAAGGCCUGAGAACCACCAAGUGUGACUGUGGCUGGUUGUUCUUCCUCUUCUGCGCCUGCCUCUUCACGCUUGUAUGGCUGUACCAUGCCCUCAUCAUCCUCAAUGACUUCCACAACCUCAACGAGUUCCUCUUCAGACAGACGCAGUGGUGGGUAGACUGGUCCAUGCCCCUGCUCGGAGUCACGGUGCUGCUGGUCACGUAUUCGGCCCUGCUGCUGGUUCUUGCUCUGUGCCUGCAGCUCUGUGGCCAGCCCUUGAAGUUACAUUGUGUGCACAAGUGCCUGCUGAUCCUCACCACCCUGGUCGUGGCCGCAGCCUUUGUCGCGCUCGAUGUGAAGUGGGCUGAGCAGUGGCAGAGCGCACGCAUCUCUCUGCAGGCGACGGGCCCCUUCCUGCACAUCGGAGCCGUGGCAGGCAUGACACUGCUCGCCUGGCCUGUGGCUGACUGCUCCUCUCGUACUCGCUGUGCAGCCCCCAAGGUACUGCUUCUGCUGGUGUAUUUUGGUGUUGCAGCUGCACUGUACCUGGCUCCCCUGAUGAUCUCCUCCCCCUGCCUCAUGGAGGAGAGCCAGCUGCCCCCCAAACCAGCGCUGGCUGGGCACCGCGGGGCCCCCAUGCUGGCUCCAGAGAACACCCUGAUGUCGUUCCGGAAGUCAGUGGGCUGUGACGUGCGUGUGUUUGAGACCGAUGUCCUGGUGAGUGCUGAUGGGAUCCCCUUCCUCAUGCAUGACGAGACGCUCACCCGGACCACAAACGUGCGAGAGGUGUUCCCUGCCCGGGCCACCAUGAACGGCACGACCUUUAACUGGACUGAUCUCCAGCAGCUCGACGCCGGCAGCUGGUUCCUGCAGAAGAACCCGUUCCGCUCGGUGCAGGGCCUCUCCAGCGAGGAGAAAGGCCAGGCGAGGACACAGAAGAUUCCGACCCUGCAGCAGGUGCUGCAGGAGGCCAAGCAGCACAACGUCUCCAUCAUGUUCGACCUCCGGCCCGAGAACCACACGGACUACCAGAGCUUUGUUAACGUCACCGUGGAGACCAUCCUCCAAUCGGGCAUCCUGCCGCAGCUGGUUCUCUGGCUGCCUGACGGGUUCAGGGAGCAGGUCAGACGGCAGGCACCAGGCUUUCAGCAAAUCUACGGUCUGAAGAGCAGCUGGAAUGAAACAGAGUCUCCGCUGCGUGUGAACCUGCCAUACCAGGACAUCAGCACGGAGGAGAUUGGCCGGUAUCGCCAGGACAACGUCUCCAUCAAUCUGUAUGUGGUCAAUGAGCCCUGGCUCUUCUCCGUGCUGUGGUGCGCAGGGGUCGGCUCCGUCACCACCAACGCUUGCCAGGUGCUCAAGGAGAUGAAGCGCCCUCUCUGGCUGCUCCCCCGCAGCACGUACCUGAUGGUCUGGAUUGUGACAGACUGCGUCUCCUUCCUCCUGAUCCUCUCUGCCUUCCUCCUGCUGCAGAAAUGCUCCAGGAGAAAAGAACCGGCAGGGUCCAAGACAGACGUACUGCUAACGAAGAUUAACAGCCUCAUGCAGGAAUGAUGGCCAGCCCCCGCAGUGCCUGGUGGUGGAGGGGUUUGAGCUGGGCACGGUGGUGUUUAGCAGGGAGCACCCAGACUUGCUUCUGCCAGCCUUGAAUGCCCUUUCCUCUGCAGGGCCCUUUCCAGGCCGUGGGCUCCCCACAAACCCUCAGUCUCUGCCCUGUUCUGCUGGGGCUGGGUUUAUCCUGCCCCCAUGGGCACAUCUCCCCUGCAGGUCAGGGGCCUGUGCAGAAACCCCCUCGGUGAUGGGUCUGUCCUGGAGUAGGCAGGCAUGUGUUCACCUGCCCACGGGGGCAGAGCUGGGGGUGGACACCAAGACCUUGGCCUUGCAGCCUCCUGGGGCUGUGGGAACAGAUACUGUCCUGGAGGCUGCUUGCUAGACCAGCUGGGAUUCUCCUUGGUCAUACCCUGCUGGGCAGGGACUGGUGCAGCUGCUGCUGAUGUGAACUGACUUUUCCUGUCUCCUGAAGCAUGGCUGCAAAGAGACUGCUAGAGGUGGGAGGGGAGCCUGGAGGGUUUCGUUUACAGGGAGCCAGGUUUAAAGAGCUCCUGGCCUUGUGCCAUUGGGGAGCCUAGGACUAGUCUGGGGAAAGGUGAAGGGGCAGGAGUGCAUCACAGGCCCAGUCAGCUGGGCUGCAGCGUGGGGAUCUUAGUGCAGCAGGAUGGAGACGAAGGGUCCCUCACAGAGCAGAGGAAGCCAUUAUCCUGGGUGAGGCUUUGGCACUGGCCUCUAGGCAGGCAUGCAGGAGGCAGCAGUAGGCCCAGCCCCAUGAGACCCCGACCCUCCUUGUCCAGUGGCAGAGAUGGGGUUCAGCUUUGGAUGGAGGGGAUCGUGUGGGGGGCUGUCUUUCCAGAGAGAACACAGGUGCUGGGUGAAGGCCCCCAAAGCACCACCCUGGACUGGGUGUGGAGCUAUUCUGCUGGGUGGGGGGUGCUGGGGCAUGAAGCAGCGUGGCCUCUCCAAGAUCUCUUUGCUGCAGAGGUCUCAGCAGCAUGCGUCUGUUUUACUUGUUCUUAAUUAUGUAUGUUAAUAAACUGACCCAACCGGAUAAAAAGACUGAA